UCUGCCUUAUCAUCUAACCCCACUCACCGUCUCUCUCUCUGUCUCUCUCUCUGUCCUGUGUCUUCAAAGUCUAGAGAGAGAAAGAAUAUAAUAGGGUACCAGAAAAGGGAAAGCAACGGCCUUUCUGUGGUCGAGCAUCUGUGUGUCUUUGUAUCGUCUUAAUAUAUGCAUUGUCAAUACUCUAGAGAGAGAAAACACGGAGAAGGAGAGAGAGGUUUAUUGGACAGAUAAAGCCAAGAUCACAAGACCCUUUUGUGAAUUGAGUUCUGAAGAAGUGAAAAUAUGGUGGGUAUUUUCUCAAGGUUCUCCAGCAGGGCCGGUCAUCGACGUACCCAGAGUGCCAUUGAUGGGAGGGAAGCGUUGGCCCCAAACUCCGAGGGUACAGCUUCAGCACCUCCCCCCACUGCCGCGUCUCAUGGGAUUGAAGUAGCGGUAGAGUUUAAGCCAGUUGAACAUCCGAUUGAGCCUUUUGACAAUGAUAGACCAAUUCAAUGCCCUUUACCUGAACCGUCAAUUCUCAAUGAUGGGAGACUAUGGAAGGAGCGAGUAUCAGCAACUGUGCCUAGGAGAGGUGACUUGCCUGUGAUGAAGGAAGGGGGUUCUCUCGACUCUGAAGAAGCUGUGAUGAAACCCAGACAAACACGAAAGAAUCGCACGAUUUUACCAUCUCUUAGUGCCCCCGAACAUAACCUCCUAAACCUACUAGAAGAAUGUAAUGCAUCUGGGAUUUAAAAUCUGGUAAAUUGUGUUUCACAUUUGUAUUGUGUAAUUUCAAUAAUUGGUUUUAUAAUUAUUGCCUGAAUAUAUGUAUAUCUUUACGUAUCA